CGCCCUUUAUCCGCUCGGAGGCAAGAUAGCAAUCUGACCGGCGAUGUCUCAUGAGUCAAGUGAUACUGGUGUCAACUGCUUGGUAAUACCCAAAACGGUCUGAUGCCAAACCACAAAUAAGUUCAAAUAUCAGCGACUAAUUCGUUCUCACCCAUGUGGCUUUCAAAUCGUGUGGAUUUUUUUGUUCCUCGACUUGAUUAACAUUCGGAUGUGGAGGAAACCGAGCAGAGGGAAGAAAAGGAACCGUCACGGAAGCUGCCUGAAGUGGAGGACGAAGCCUUUUGAACGGGAGUGACUUCACCACACAACAUCGCCAAUCAACAACAAGACGACGAUCAGCAUCGAGGGGAUACUCUGUGUUUAGGAUAAUAACAUUUCCACGUCUUCCCAUCACAUCUUCCCAUUACAUCUUCCCGUCGUCUAGAAAAAGAAGAACAAUUAAUUGGCUUGACGACAAUAACAAAGCCAAAGGUAUCAUCUGAAGACUGGAAGGGAAACACAGCAGACAUCCAGGAUGAACCACCUAUCCUUUAGCGAGCUUUGUUGCCUCUUCUGCUGCCCGCCGUGUCCCAGCAAGAUCACGGCCAAGCUGGCCUUCCUGCCCCCAGAGCCCACCUACAGUAUGAUGUGCGACGAGAGCGGCAGCCGGUGGACGUUGCAUCUGUCUGAACGCGCCGACUGGCAGUACUCGCCCCGCGAGAAGGAAGCCAUCGAGUGCUUCAUGACGCGCACUUCCCGGGGCAACCGGAUCGCGUGCAUGUUUGUCCGCUGCUCGCCCAGCGCCCGCUACACGCUCUUAUUCUCCCACGGAAAUGCAGUGGACUUGGGCCAGAUGAGCAGCUUCUACAUUGGUCUGGGUUCCCGGAUCAACUGCAACGUGUUCUCCUACGAUUACUCCGGUUACGGCGCCAGUUCUGGGAAACCGUCAGAGAAGAACUUGUAUGCUGACGUAGACGCCGCCUGGCAUGCACUCCGCUCACGGUACGGCAUCCGUCCAGAAAACGUCAUUGUGUACGGCCAGAGCAUUGGCACCGUGCCUUCUGUGGACCUUGCCUCUCGCUACGAGAGUGCCGCAGUGAUCCUGCACUCCCCGCUUACCUCCGGCAUGAGAGUGGCCUUCCCCGACACCAAGAAAACGUACUGCUUUGACGCCUUUCCCAAUAUUGACAAGAUCUCAAAGGUGACCUCCCCGGUCUUGGUGAUCCACGGCACGGACGAUGAGGUCAUCGACUUUUCCCACGGCCUGGCGCUCUACGAGCGCUGCCAGCGCCCCGUCGAGCCGCUGUGGGUGGAAGGGGCGGGGCACAAUGACGUGGAACUCUACGGACAGUACCUGGAGAGACUCAAGCAGUUUGUUGCACACGAGCUGGUCAACUUGUAGAAGAAGAAACGGAGAAAACAUCGGUGGCUGGUUUUGUUCUGUUGUGAUUAUCAUGGCUGUUUUUUUUUCUUCUUUUUUUUUUUUUUUUUUCUUUUGCUGAGAUGCCGGCAAUUGUUUGCCUCAGUGGAAGUGUUGGUGGUAGAAUGAUUGGUGCUCGGAGCUCCUGUUCAGUCCCGUCCACUCCACCGCAACUGUGAACCUUGAACAAUAUACAAACUAAAACCCUAUUCAUUUUUUUUUUUCCAUGUUGCAUAAUUGCACAUUGCCACAGUAUGCUCAUGCAAGAGAGAGCGGACUGUGUGGAAAAAAAGCCCGUGGACAAGUGUGUUUGUGACAUUUUUGCUGCCUUUUACAAAGAACGCAGUUCUUGACCUCAGACCAGGCCACAAGGAUGCUGACCUUCUCACUUACAGCCUUGAUCCAAACUGGACUGCACUCUCCCAUCCAACUGAUAUUCACUCAUUAUUUUGUAUUAUUAUUAUUGCAGUACGUUUGUGUAUAUUUGCACAUAUCAACUGUCACUGAAGAACUGUGUGGUACAAACUGCUGUGCCGUUGAGUGUUGCCAAAUAUUUAGUAGAAUAUAUUGCAAAGAUCUCACACUUGAUUGCAUCACCUCCUCUAAUCUUAGUUUUUUUUGUUCAAGUUUAUCAUGCAAUGUUGUGUUACGCUCAGAUUAGCAUCACUAUGCAGAAGUAGAAGAAGUCUGCCGGCCGGGUCUAACAGUCUCUUCUAGAUUUUAGGAUGUUAAAGAGUCCAUAUCCAGAGCUCAUAUUAAAGAUGUCGCUUAUAUAAAUGAUAGAAAAGAUUUACUUUUUUUUUUUUUUUUUUUUUUUUUAUAUGAUGGAAUUGUAUACCACUAAUGCCCAUCUAGGCCUCGAAUGGUGCCUGCAUUCUAUUUAUAUUCAAACAUUGAAAAUGAACAGCUUUUUUUUCCCCUUAGUAUAUCUAAGCAGAGACUGAAUGAACACCACACCUACUAACUCACCAAGCAUGUCUUUGAACAAUAACUUAUGUCAUAACUCAGUGUUCCAGGUCUCGUUUGUUAUUUACUUUCACGCUCUUGCCUGCUUGCCAUUUCUGGUUCCAUUGUUGAUGGUUUACUUGCCCUUUUAUUGCUGAGCAAGGCCAAACAAGAUAUUUCAAUGCACUAAUGAUAAGCAAAUGUCAACGUUCAUGAAUGCCAUCCUUUUGUUGGUGUUUUUGGCUCACGAGCCUGAGUUUAUGUCGGACGCUGGGCCACGUUGGAGAUAUGGGUGCUAGUAAAACACGUCACAUCGACUGAGUCAUCAGGAUUCAGCAUCUGUCGGGUCCUGACUACCUGUUUGAGUUCUUCUUUAAUUUUGUGCGCUUUGUAAAUAGGACAUUAUAUUAUGCUUGUACUUUUUGUUUCCAGUUGCCAUCGUCUCUGUUAAAUGACAUUUAUACUUGAUGUGACAUCUGCCCGAUCAAGUUACAGGCUUCAUUUUCUACUGCACAGCUGGACUAUUGGCAUCUCUGAUUCAGUUUUUUCUACUGCAUAUUUCGAUACAAAUGGAACUCAAACUGUAACAACUAUUAGAUUUAGUAACCGACGUGGAUGGCAAAAAUAAAAUGGUCAUUUAGAAGAA